CCAGAGUGCUUCUCACAACAUGUUCGUCAAUUUAAAGUAUUGGCUAUUGAUGAUAUAGUUGUGAAGCCCAAUGAGAGAGAUUCUUGUAUCAAAGUCGAUAACAAGUUUGUUUUAGUCCGAAACAUUGUUGAGGAUAAAGGAAUUGUGUACCUUGUGGGCAAUGAAUAUAAACAGGUGGAACAUUUCUUUAAAUAUCCAAUUGACUCAAAAGAGUUGGGAAUUUAUGUGGUUUCCAACCUCUCCACCAAUGUCAAAUGUUUUAUGAUUGAAAAGAAGCUACAGAAGUAUGUAAGAUAACCAUUUCGAAACAGAUUUGUUGUUGUUCCACUCUUGCAUUCAAACUAGUAACCCUGAAGUUGCUCUUGUAUUUUAGUUGGCUAUGGAAUUUAUGUAGUCAUGGUUGCUUAUUUUCAGAUGUUUCAUAUUGUUGUCUUUGACAACACAAAUGAGGUUGAAGUUGUGCCUUCAGUCUGGAUAGAAAAUGGAGAGUGUAUGUGGCCUCCAAAUAAAAUUAAUGUGGCAAAAGCUGUAAAAUCUCAAGAAUGUCCUGGAGAUGGAUGGAUGCCCCAUAAGGCCAGAAUUAUCUUCACAUCACAUGACUACAAUGAAGCAAGGCUUAAACUACCUCAGGCUGUCGAUCACACUGACCUUGGAAGUGACGGAGGGGACUUGCCAAUUAAAUUUAAAAGAAAAAGAAUACGCAAGAAUAUUCUUUUCCCUGGGGAAGAUGAUGAAGAGAUGGAAAGCACCCUGAAAGUCACAUUGCCCAAUGCUCCAAAGAUCCCUAGGCAGUACAAAACUCCUACAUUAAAGCCAGGGAAGCAAGGCCAGAACCUCCAGCCAAGUGGCAACAGCAGUCCUGACUUCCCACCAAGUGGCAACAGCAGUCCUGACUUCCCACCAAGUGGCAACAGCAGUCCUGAGCCAAGCCCAAGUCAGCACUCCUGUACUUCCAAGUUUCCUUCAAGCUGUCACACCAACACCGAGAACCGGACGCCGAGGCGCGCCAGCACCGAGAGCCGCCGGAUGCCGAGGCACACCGAACGAUCUAUACUCCCAUCAAGGCACCCGGAGGCCCACCAGACCAGGGAGCAGACAUCCAGUCUGCAAACUUCCCUUCUGCGUAGUAUAUUAACAAAACAGGAAAUGAUGAUGGACCAACUGCGCAUCAUCUUUAAGACCCUACAGGGUAUGAAAGCGACUGAUGAGGCAGAGAUAGGCCUGGAUCGAAAUUUGUUGCCCGUCAAAGACGUCAGUUCUCUUCAGAACCUGGAGGAACAACUGCAGAGUAUUCCUGACCUCCAGAAACAGUUGGUGAACACGCUGGCUCUCAAAGGGGGGACUGACAUUUGUGAGUGUGUUUGGAGGAUUAUGCACGCAAUGAUUACAAACUCCUUGGCGAAGAAUAUCAACAUGAGAGGAAUAAAUGGAAAGAUUGGCUUUCAGCGCCUACAGAUAAGAGAUGUUGUGAUUGUUCAGGGUCUUAAGAAGGAAGGAAGGAAAGCAGGGAUGGACAAGAUGAGGAAAUGUGAAGGAAAGUAGAGGAAAGGAAGCAGGUGAGAAAAGUGAAGGAGCUGAAAGGAGAAGACAGGAAGAGAGAUGAGGGUAGGGGUGGACAGGAGAAGGGUCAUUAGAGGACAGUAGAGGAAGAGAAGACGGGUGAGGUGAUGAGCAGA